GAAAGAAUAAGAGCAUGGAGUUCCUUAACUAAAAAUGGAUAAACUAGAUAAGACAAAAGUUUCAGUUUUAGAUGAUAACAAAGAUGACGAUUUCAACAUACAAGGAAUUAACGAAAGUGACUCAACGAAAGAGAUGAAAUUCACAAUAGAACAGAAAGAAAUUUUCAUAGAAAGAUUGGGGUACUCCAAGCUAGAAGGAAAUCAAGAUAACAUUGUGUAUAUGAUCACAAAAGCAGAAAACUUGACCUUUGAAAUAGCACUUGAUUUCUUGAAAUCGUUUUUAGAUGAAUAUGUAGAUGACUUCAAUAUUCCUGAAACCACAUUAGAACUCAUACAGAUAUUAGUGAAUAGUUCAUCAUUAAACGAAAAACUGGGGCCGGAAACAGCAACCUCUAGCACUGAAACAAGCUUAGAGUCGAAUGACAAAAAUAUAGCGUUCAACUUAGAAUUUCAAGUUAGAGUGGAGGCUGCCAUUAUAAUGUACCAUUCACCAUAUCCGGAAGUAAGAGCAGUGACAGAUCCAUUUGACGAUCCUUCAAUUCCAUGCGAAACCUUAAGAGUUUAUGUUCUUGGAUUCUUCUGGGUGGUAGUAGGUGGAGUUAUAAACGGAUACUUAAGUAAUAGGCAGCCAUCCAUUUCCAUCGGGACUACAGUCGCCCAGUUGUUUAUAUAUCCAUGUGGAUACAUUUGGAGUGUACUUUCUCCCAAAUGGAGCUUCAAAAUAUUUGAUAUUUUGAUCGAAAUAAAUCCAGGUCCUUGGAGUUAUAAAGAACAAACACUAGCAACUAUCAUAUACAGUGUUCUGGAAGGCACUGCAAAUAUAAAGUCAAAUAUAUAUGCCCAAAGAGUGAGCGUUUUUUAUAACAACCAAUGGGCUAACUGGGGUUAUCAGAUCCUCUUUGCAGUAUCAGUUAACUUUUUGGGUUUUGGGUUUGCAGGAAUUCUACGAAAAUUUGUGGUCUAUCCUUGUAAGGCAGUGUGGCCCGGAAUUUUACCCACUCUUGCCUUACAAAGAGCCUUAGUUCAGCCCAACGCACAUGAGAAGAUAAAUGGCUGGACAAUCUCCAAGUUUAUAUUCUUCUUUGUAAUUCUUCUGGGUUCAUUUGUAUACUUUUGGGUCCCUGGAUUUCUUUUUAAGUCCAUUUCUAUAUUCAAUUGGAUGACUUGGAUUGCACCAAAUAAUUUCCCCUUGGCAGCAAUUACAGGCUCUUUGUUUGGAAUGGGAAUAAAUCCAAUGCCCACUUUUGAUUGGAAUAUAAUAGGUGUUAUUUCUCCCAUGGUAACUCCGUUUUAUACUAAUUUAAACAUGUACGUUGGAGUGGUAUUGGGUACACUUACUAUCAUUGGAAUUUAUUGGAAGAAUUUAUAUUGGACCUCUUAUUUGCCAAUGAAUAGUAAUUCAAUCUUUAACAAUUUGGGACAGCCUUAUGACGUGCAGCGGAUUUUAGGGUCAAAUAAGUUGUUUUCCCAAGAGAAAUAUGAAAGAUAUGGACCUCCAUUUUACUCUGCUGGUCUCUUGGUGUUAUACGGUGCUCAUUUUGCAAUUUAUCCAUUUUCAUUUGUGUACGAGAUUGCAAUUAGAUGGAAAGAUAUUGUCAACUCUUUUAAACAAUUGUACUUAUCAAUAAGACACCCUAGCCGAUCAACUUUUAAUGGAUUCAACGACCCUCAAACGAAUAUGAUGUCGAGAUAUAACGAAGUUCCUGAUUGGUAUUUCUUAGUGGUAUUGAUUCUCUCAGUGGUGCUUGCCAUUGUAUGUUUUGUGAUCUAUCCAACUGGAACUCCAGUAUGGUCGAUCUUUUUUGCGAUAGGAAUUAGUCUUAUAUUUCUUAUCCCAAUCACAAUAUUAGCGUCCACUACAACAUUUUCUUUCGGUCUUAAUGUAAUUGUUGAGAUUAUCCUUGGAUAUAUAAUUCCAGGGAAUCCCCAGGCUAUGUUGCUUGUUAAAGCAUACGGGACAAAUAUUAAUUCUCAGGCGCUGAGUUAUAUUUCCGACUUGAAAUUGGCUCAUUAUGCAAAAAUACCCCCUAGAGCUAUUUUUAGAGCCCAGAUUGCAUCAGCAUUAAUCAGCACCUUCAUCGGGCUAGUCAUGAUUAAUGUACAGUUAUCUUCAAUUUCAGAUCUUUGUGAAACGCAUCAAAAAGAUCGUUUUACAUGCCCUGGGCCACGGGCUAUCUUUGUUUCGAGUGUUACUUGGGGUGUUAUUGGCCCACAAAAGGUUUUCAAUGGUUUAUACCCCAAUUUGAAAUGGACUUUCUUAAUAGGAUUCUUGUUAGUAUUUCCUGCACUUCUUACUAAAUGGUAUCUUCCAAAGCUGUACUCAAGGCAUUUCCAACCAACUGUGGUGAUGGGCGGAUUCACCAAGUUUGCACCAUACAAUUUGUCAUACUACACCGCGGGAAUGUAUGUUUCGUGGUUGUUCAUGUCAUAUGUAAAGAAGCGCUAUACCUCUUGGUGGAUUAAGUACAAUUACAUAUUAUCUUGCGGGUUGGAUGCUGGAGUUGCUCUAUCUGCCAUUGUUAUUUUUGGGGCGGUAUAUAAAGAUAACCUCAAACUUUCUUGGUGGGGAAAUAAAGUUUAUCUUCAAGGAAUAGACGGCGGAAACGGACAAAGGAGUUUGUUAAAGCUGGACGCCGCUCCUGAGGGGUAUUUUGGUCCUAGAAUUGGUUCGUUCCCUUAGCCAAUAGUGGUGGUUGCACAAUGCAGAAUAAAGUUAUGCAGGAGUGCAACUAUUGUGUUCAUUGACCCCAAUUAUUAAGGUUUUACUAUGUCAUUAAGACCAUUACUAUACAAAUUAUAUACCUUAAGAGACAUAUUUAGUCUGUAGGACAGGACGGCCAGCACACACAUUUAUCUUCCUCUGCAGAAAUGAUAUUCCCGAUUUGACGCCUUGGAAUUUCAGUCGAUUAUUAAAUCGGAAAUAUUUUUGCAACCGCAAGAAUAUUAUUUGUCAUCCCACAUUGAAGUGCAUACUGGUGUCAAAGUACGAAGCAACAAUUAAGAAUUAUACUGUUUCUAGUAUCCACCGUUCUUGUUAAAUUAAGGAUAUGUGGUUCCUGAAACAGAGCCGUAUAUUUUAUUCGUAGCGGCUAUUCUAAUUCCAAGGACUCACCGAGUAGUAGAAAGAAGUGAGAAUAUAAUUUAUCUAACUCUUGGUGUGAAGAGAUGUGGUAAAAGAGAUCACGGAAUUGAGGACUUGUGGUAAGGUGGAAGAGCUCGUCUAUUCUGAAUUGUAUAACUGUAACAAAAAAAUAUCAAUCAUGCAGAGUAUGAAGAAUGGCCUUUUUUUUUUGAUAAUAAUCAUCAUAUGUUUUCCUUGUGGUAUCACAUUGUAUUAUUGGUCCACAAUAAAUUGAGGUACAUAAGCGAUAUCUCUAAAGAAACUUAUUGCAACAACAACUAUUGGGUUCUUCAUAGGUAUCUUUUUCUAACUCUCCCACCUUCAAUUUGCUGACUUGAAUAUCCUUCUAAAACUUCAAAAUGGAGUCAAUAACUGGUACAUACAGCCAUUUGGGGAUAAAUCCCAUUCCUUCUUUUGACAAGAAUUAUAUGAAAAGUAUGGCCCUCCUUUUUUUAGGUCUGGAAAUACAAUACAUUAUGGUACUGGAUUUUACUGUAUCAGUUUUCAAUGAUUUACAAACUCAUUAUCAAUAGAAGGAUGCUGGGAGUAUUGUCUACUUUUCACUAAUACAUUUCAAAGAAUCCAAGUUUACUGGUUUCAAUCUCUACAGCAAAAUCUUGGCCAACUACAAAGAGGCUCUAGAUUCGUGUUUUCUUGCUAUUCUUGUUAAACAGUUUUUGGAAUUUUGGACUAUCUUUAUUGCACUUGGCAUUGACUUAGAAUUCUUAAUCCCAGUUACUGCGACUACAACUUUCACUAUCGAAUUGAAUCUGUUAAUGGAGUUACUCACUGGAUAUAUUCUUCCUGGAAACCCAACUUCUCUCAUGACCACUAAAGCUGGCUUUAUCAUAGAUUCGGAAGCACAGAGUUAUAUUACUGAACCGAAAUUGGCCCAUUAUUCAACAGUACCCCCACUCGCAAUAUUCAGAGCACAAAUUACUGCCAUCUUUGUUAGUUUUUUUCGGACUAGGAAUAAAUAAUUGGUAGAUUGUAACCUUUGAGGGUAUUUCCAACCCUCGUCAAAAAGACAAAUUCACUUGUCUAAAUGUUUAUGAAUUUUAUAGUUCAAGAUGGACCUUAAAGAGUUCAUACCACUCUAAAACGUAACAAGGAACUAGUAUGAAGUAUAUUAUAGAAAUUAUAUCCGUUUAUAUAACAAGUUUUUGCUUUGGAACUAUCUCUAUCCAUGUUACCAUAUAAUUGAAGUCGUGCGCUUUUUUUUUUCCAACUAUCAUUAU